AUGGACCGCUCGACGCAGGAGCUCUUCCUCAACUUCAUGAUCGUCUUGAUCACGGUGCUGCUCAUGUGGCUGCUGGUGAAAACCUACCAGGACUGAAGCAUGGAGCGGCAGGAGGGGAGGAGAGCCGGAGGCUGCAGGAGCCAAGAGACGAGAGCAGGGAGGCCAAACAAAGAGGCUGAAUUUUGUCCAGAAACAGAGUUCACAUUUUCUUUGGUCUAAUCCAGCCUUCACAGGAGGCUGGUGUUAUGUGUAAAGCAAAGCAGCUGGUCUUGGAUUUAUGUUUGUAUUCUGAGAAGCUUUUGGAAUGCUGCCACACGAGCGUAGAAGGAUCCCAAAAAGCUCGAAGGGCAAAAAUAUUAAAAGUAGGUGGCUAGCGACCACUAGCCAAAAGUCCU